CGGAGAGCGGACGAAACAGCGGACGAAACGGCAGACGAAGCGGCAGACGAAGCGGCAGACGAACGGCGGACGAACUUCCAGCUUCACCCGAGGAGCGGGGGGAGCAGGGGAGCGCUGCAAGAACAGGUCUCUUCCUCUGCGCUGUUCCUGAUUGGAGGAGACUGAAUGAACGAGUGGAUCGUUCCCGACGUGGGCGUGGCGGGACAGCUGCAGAUCCCCGACAGCGAUGGCUUCCCUUUGUCCGAGAGCUCGUACUUUGAUUUGCUGGCUGAUCAGAGUAGCCCACUGCUGCAGGACCAGGAGGACCUGCCCUUCGCCAGCUAUCCCACAAUGCAGUACUCCCCCAUGGAGGCACCCAUGGCCCCUCCGGCCUUCCUCUCCGGUCAGAGCUAUUACCCAGCAUGCAGCGAGGACUGGUACUCCGCCCCUGGGCCGUAUGAACUGAGAAAAGCACCCACAGAGGGCGGCUACGACACGGACGUCCAGGCCGCCCCGGCACCCGUGAGCAAGAGGCCCAGGCAGGGCUCCCAUCCCGGCAGGGUGAAAGGGGACGAGCUGUGCGUGGUGUGCGGAGACAAGGCAUCGGGCUACCACUACAACGCUCUGACCUGCGAGGGCUGCAAAGGCUUUUUCAGGAGGAGCAUCACGAAGAACGCCGUGUACAAGUGCAAGAGCGGCGGGGGCUGUGAGAUGGACAUGUACAUGCGCAGGAAGUGCCAGGAGUGCAGGCUCAGGAAGUGCAAGGAAAUGGGCAUGCUGGCAGAGUGUCUGUUGACGGAGAUCCAGUGCAAGUCCAAGCGGCUUCGGAAGAACACCAAAGCAUUUCCAGAAGAGUCCGUGGAUGAGGAAGCAGAAGGGGCUGAUGGAGGAGAUGCUAAACAGGUCACCUCCACCACUCACCUCACAAAGGAAAAAGUUGAAUUCAGUCAAGACCAGCUCACCCUCUUGAACUACAUUUUAGAAGCUUACAACAAGCAUCGCAUUCCCCAAGACAUGGCCAAACAACUUCUUCAAGAGAAGUUCAGCGAAGAAGAAAAUUUCCUCUUACUGACGGAGAUGGCCACCAGCCACGUGCAGGUUCUGGUGGAGUUCACCAAGAACAUUCCAGGAUUCCAGGCCUUGGACCACGAGGACCAGAUAGCGCUGCUGAAAGGCUCGGCGGUGGAAGCCAUGUUCCUACGAUCGGCACAGGUGUUCACCAGGAAGCGGCCCCAUGGGCACACGGACGUUUUGGAAGACAGAAUACGGAAGAGCGGAAUAUCGGAGGAGUACAUCACUCCCAUGUUUAAUUUCUACAAGAGCAUUGGAGAGCUGCAGAUGAUGCAAGAGGAGCAUGCCUUGCUGACCGCCAUCACUAUCCUGUCACCAGAUCGGGCGUACGUGCGGGACCAGGCGGCGGUGGAGCGGCUGCAGGAGGCGGUGCUGGAGGUCCUGAGGAAGUUCUGCAGGCUGCGGCACCCGCGCGAGCCGCAGCACUUCGCCCGCCUCCUGGGCCGGCUGACCGAGCUGCGCACGCUCAACCACCACCACGCCGAGAUGCUGCUCUCCUGGCGCACCAGCGACCACAAGUUCACCCCCCUGCUCUGCGAGAUCUGGGACGUGCAGUGAAGGUCCCCACCCCCUCCCGUUUUCUAAAAACGCCUCGGCCCCCCCCCAUCCUGAAAAAAAAGAUCUUGUGCUCUUUUGACUGACCAAUUGUGAAACAAAGUGCGGAGCUUGGCGAAGGCCUCUCCCAGGUUUAGCCGCCAGACUCACUGACGUUCCAUCUGUCUUGUGGUCUCUUGCCCUGACGAUCGAUGACAAAAAACUAGACGCUAAGGAAAGACCUUUACGCUUCUGGGAGAGGACAGAGAGAGAGAGUUAAUUAUCAAAAGCCACUUGAUGAUUCUACCCUUCAAGGAUCCGGUUGACUAGCUGAGAAGUGAACAUAUUUUGUCUGAAAUGAAGUCUCAUAUGUAGGCUCGAAAUACUUACCAAAGCAGCGUGUGUCAUUCAGAGAUGCCCUGCGGUGCUUUCUGGGAGAGUCUUGUAGUCGUUCAAGGGGAAGGGGAAUGGUUAGAACUACAAUUAUACACAGUUGAUUCAACGGUGUAUUUCAGAGCAUCAGUCAGGGAAGAAAGCUAAAGGAUCAACUCUCAUCACCGUGCCAUGACCUACAACCUUCCUUCCCUGGAAGCUUUCUCCAUUGAUUAGAGGUGACUAAUUGAUAAUUUUAAAAAAUGUCUAAUUUUGACAGAAGUGUGAGAAGUUUGGAUUUCUUCUUGCUACUGCACGGAACUGUAGUUCUGAUGGAGAUUUGAUGUGAGCAAAAGUCCUUUCUGUGUCCUGUCACAGGCCUUGGAGUGGGUUGGGGAAUGAGAUAAAUUUUUCACUUGAAGAAAUAAAACAAAUUUCUAAUCAAA